AAAAAAGAAGAAGAAGACGAAACGGACAAAAAAUCAAAAGAAGAAAAAGACAAAGAUUGCCACUUUCUAGGCAAUUUCCCACUCCAAGACAAAGAUUGCCACUCUCCAAGUAAUUUCCCACUACAAGACGAAGAUUGCCACUUUCCAGUGCAAUUUCCCACUCCAAUACAAAGAUUGCCAGUUUCUAG